GAGGACGGGGGCUCCCCACCCCGCACCGGGACGCCCCCCCGGGAGGUGGCCGGCCGCCUGCGGGCCCUCCUGCCGGCCCCCGCCGAGCUGUGGGGCCGCGCCCUGGCGGAAGAGCGGCGCCGCGCCGUGCUCGCAGCCCUGCUGGAGCGCCACUGCGCCCUGCCCGACCUGGCCGCCCUCCUGCCCCCCCGGGGAGUGGGGGCUGCGGGGGGCCUCUCCCACGGGCCGCCCCCUCCUGGGCCGCCCCCUGCCUCCCCCCCCUCGCCGGGGCUCCGCACCCCUGAAAUGGAGCCGCUUCCCCAGGCGGUGCGGAGCAAGGACCCUGCAGCCCAUGGCAGCCACCCCCCUGCACCUCUGCAGGCCGUCACUCAGGCACCAACCUCCCCUUCCUUGUUCCCUCCCCCUGAUUUCAGCCCUGAGACAAUGAAGAGGCAGAGCUGUUUCCCCUGGAUGAUGGAGGAUGAAGACGAGGCACACUCCAAAAAACCCGCCAUGCAAUUCUGCGUCCGGACCCCCUCACCAUCGCUGUUCAGGGCCCGCCACCCUGCACCCUCCCCUGCCUCCUACCUACCCGCAGGGCGCUGCACUCCCGAACCUGAGCUGCUGCCCCAGCCAACGCAGAGCAGGAACCCAGCACCCCAGCACCGCUGGCGCCAUGUCUCCCCACAAGCUGUCGAUCAGACUCCAAGCCCCCCUGCUGUUCCUCUGCCCCCUGUUUUCGGUGCCAAGAGGAAGGAGAGUCAGAGCUGGCUCCCCUGGAUGUCGGAAGAUGAGGAUGACACACACCCUGAAGACCCAGCCCCACUGUUCUGUGUCCGGACACCAUCUCCACCACUGUUUGAGGGGCUCCCCCAGCCCCACAUCCCCCUGGGGGAGCCAGGCUGCACAUGCAGGGCAGCAUGGGGCCCCAGGGUAGAGGACAAAGCAGAAGGGCAUGGCCAGAUCUACUGGCGGUCCCGUGUGCCACAGCAUCACCGGGUGUUAGAGCAUCCCAUGUCAGGGACACACGCCCCACACCACCCCUGCUGGUGCCACAGGGACCGGCAGACACCCCCUACUUUGUACCGGGGCACAUGCCCCUGUGCCCCCUCCCCAUCACACCACCUCUGCAAGCACAGCCCUUGUCCCCACAGCAGGCCUCGGCAUGCCACGAGCUUCCCCACGUGCCGCUGCUCACCCCCUGAAAGCCACCGGCCACGGGGCUGGAGGGGGCCGCUGGAGCCACGGCAAAGGGGGUGGCACCUUUCCUUCUGCCCCCAUGCCACAGUUCCCCACAAUGCAGGGGAAAGGGACUCUAGCCCCAAUGUCUGGCUCUUCCCCUGCCUGUACUGAGGGACAUGGGAAGGCAUACUUUAUUGGAGUAACCUCCCUGUGCUCAAUAAAGGCUAUUACACCUUUA